UUGACAGCGGAAAUGAGGAGUCGCCACUUUUUUUCCGCGUCAAGUUCGUUGCUGAAAGUUUUCUUUCCUCUUUUUGUUUGUAGCGGAGGAACUGUGGCGUGCACUCACAAUGAGAGAGAAAGCGACGGACUUUUUAACAUGCAGCUAUUCCAAUGAUGUCCAGUUUCCCGUUGCUCACCAACGACAUCGUUUUGAGUUACUUUAGAUGCUUCUCAAAACAUUUCCGUUAUGCGAAGUCCAACUUGUUGGUUAGUCGUCGUGCUGCGGUGGGUGCCCAUCCGAGAUAACGGAGAACCAGUGAUUCUCAGCCGGUCUGGUUACUGCAAUGAAUGGUAACACUAUCCAUCCAGCCAACACCAGCACAACAGCAGGAGAGGGCCCAGGCGUGGCAGCGCCCCCCAGAGGCUGGAGGGAAUUCUGCGAGCUUCACGCCAUCGCCACAGCCCGGCAGCUGGCUGGACACUACCGGAGCUUCGCCAGAGAGCGAGCACAACAUGACGUUCUCCCACCAGAAAACUUCUCCAAGCAGUUCACCGACCUCUUCCAGCAACACUUCAGCUGCGAGGUCGACAAAGAUGGCACUCCGCUCAGCCAGAACACAUGCUUCACUGGUACUGGUAGUGUCCCCCCCACCACUCCAGUGCCCACUCCCCUUCCAUCACAAGGUGUGAUUGGUCGAUUGCGGAUCACAUCGUUGUCCGGGGUGCAGGACUAUCGAGAGGCGGGCCGGCCGAGUGUUGGAGCGGCUCUCUUCACUGUGGUGUCACCAAAGGUGGAGCCACUGGUGGUGAGUCGGGAACAGGAGCAGCCGCUGCGAUGUGCCGCGGGAAACUCGUUAUCAGGUAACCCGGUGACGCUCACAGGGUCGACUCGUAGCAUCGGCAGCGGGUCAUUGGUGAUUCGUAGCCAUAGCAGCGAGGAGAUCUCUGCCACUGAUCGAAGUCUGGUAUCAGAACGGUACUCCUCUGACAUCUCAACCUCCAACCCUACACACGCUGAAGUCACACAUUUCUCUGUCAGCCAAAUCCAGCAUUCAGUGAGACGGCUUUUCAAAAAACAGUACAACACCCCCCCAUCCCAGGACCUGUCUCCUAGCAACCCCAGCACCAACACCCUCCCAAUUAAUGGUGACAGAGUAAGUGGGAUUCCCUCUACCAAUGAGGAAGGGUCCUCCUCCUCCUCCUCAUCCCACUCUUCCUCUUGUCUGAACUCUGAAGCCACGCCGCUGGUCUCUUCACACAUGACUAAGGCCGGAGUGGGCUCUAACUUCCUGGAUCGUUUCCCGUGGUUACGCGUUGGCAGCCUGAAGCAGAGGAGGUCGGAGGCGAGCGGCUGCUGUAAGGCGGAGCAGCUGAGGUACCUGCUGGUGGACGACACUAUCUCAGACACUCAGCACCGCUGGCAACGCUGCCGCCUGCUGGUCAGGAGGAUCAGGGACGCUCAAGAUGGAGGAGGAAGAGGAAGAGGAGGAGGGGAGAGGUACCAGUUGGAGCUCUAUGAUCCUCCAAAGGCCUCCUGUCCCAAGCUGACGACUCACUGCUCAGAUAUCCAAGAAGUCCGUCGUUGCAACCGGCUGGAGAUGCCUGACAACUUAAACACAUUUGUUUUAAAGGUUAAUCGAGGUAGUCUGAUUUUCGAGACGGACAACGACCAGCAGGUCAGCUCCUGGACCACAGAGCUAAAAGAAUGUAUCAGCAACAGGUCAGGCAGUGUGGAUCUGGAGCCUCUCCCCCCCCCAGCAGACAGCUCGGCUCCAGCCAGUCACAGAGGGAGCUCAGAGUUAGGGAGUCAAAGCCCUGUCACCUUCUCCUUGCCUGAGCAGGUCGUGCAGAAGGCCGACCACUUCCUGUUCUCCUACCCAUGGUUCCACGGGCCCAUCUCCAGGGUCAAGGCGGCCCACCUGGUGCAGAGCUCCGGCCCGGAGGGUCACGGGGUGUUUCUGGUCCGUCAGAGCGAGACACGGAGAGGAGACUACGUCCUCACCUUCAACUACCAGGGGAAGGCCAAGCACCUGCGCCUCUCCCUGACAGAGUGGGGUCAGUGCAGGGUCCAGCACCUGCGCUUCCCCUCUGUGAUGGACAUGCUCAGUCACUUCCGCCUCUUCCCCAUCCCGCUGGAGUGCGGAGCCGCCGGCGCCGUCACUCUGUCCAGCUUCGUGGUGGCGGGCUCCAGCCCCCCGUCACAGGGCCAGCUCUCGGGCGCCCUCCUGGUCCCGUUCUCUCUGCACCGCUGGAGCUCAGAGCCCAGCCUGGCUCACUGCAGCCAGCCGCGCUCCUCCUGCUCCCCCAGCCCCCGGGCCGCCGCCCAGCCCCCGGGCCGCCCCUCCACCCGCAUCAACCCCGCCCCGGACCCUCCUCCGUCAGCCCCAGCUCCGCUUCUCCAGAGUGAAUCUGUGGGGAGGAGACCCCUGCUCCGCCACCCCCACCUCCCUCAGCGGGACUCAGACUACGAGCUGGAGCCAGAGCGGGGGCGCAAGAGGGCGAUAGACAACCAGUACAUGUUGCUCUGACAACCAGUACAUGUUGCUCUGACAACCGCCAACAGCUCCGCUGCCACGACAGAUUAUUAUUACCGGACAUUUUGACUGGCAGGUUUUGAAUUUACCGUUUUUAAAUACAUUUUACCAGCUAAAAACCGGUAACUACCGGCUAACGGAAACCCUGAUACACACAUCUGAUCCCCCCCCCACCCGGCUGCACAUGUCUGUGUGAGACUCUCAGAGAGAGAGCGCAGGAUGCUAACAUGAUCACAGCAGACUCUUUGCUGAGCUUCAAGACUUUGUCUGAUGUCAACACACACACACACACACACACACACACACACACACACACACACACACACACACACACAGACACACACAGACACACAGUCUGUGCUGGCAGUGUGUUUACCAGUGUCCGACCCUCACAGCCUCCACCCAGUGUCCACAGUGAAUGUAUUUUUGGGAGUUUUAUAAAAGUGCUGAGUAUGAUGACUAUUCUCGUUUUCUUGAUGUUGAGGUUCAGUGUGAGAGCGGGGGGGGGGGGCACAUGUGUAGCUGUCCCCCAGCCCAUUCCACACGCAGAGCUUUGUGUACAAACACAGAAAUGAGAAAGCACUCUCAUUUCAGAGUGCCUACAUGUUAUAUUAGAUAUUCCUCCUUUUGCGCAUUAUUUCAUAUUUAAGUGCACAACGCUUUCAGUGCACUUUGACAACAAUGUGUAUUUUGUAUACACAGAUUCUUUUAUAGAAAAAAAUAAAAAAGACAUUAAAAAGGGGAAAAGUCAGGUGGGAAGCUGUUACUUUGAAGUGCUUCCAUCACUUCAGCCCGUCGCUGAGGCAGAGACAGAACCAGGAAUUAUUAUCAACUUUCAUCAGCACUGCUUUUAUUGUGUGUGCUCUGUUCAUGUGGGAGGAGUCGAGGUGUCCAUCAGCACUGAUCUGGAGUCUGUCCCAAUACUCACUGCUAGGUUUGCCAAAAUACCAUCUGUAGUGUCACAUGUUACAUGUCCAGCACCGAGGCCUUGUGUACGCAGCAUUAUCUUCUGAGUAAGCACAAAGUGUCACAUGGUCUCACAGAGAUAAGUCCUGCCACAAAAAGUACAUUUAAUGAUAUAAAUACAAUAAUAUAAUUUAUAUAUUUUUUUCUAUAACCCUGUAUUAAUUUGAUGAAUUUAAACACUUGAUACAAAGUUAUCUUUUAUGAUAUUUCAUUUUUACAGUGGUGGGAGAGGAGCCAUCAGGAGAAGAGUAAUCCAUCUCUUUUCUCCUGACGGCAACACGAUGUGGCCAAAAUAUUUGUGUAAUAUCAUAAUAAUAUUGUAGUAUAUUAUUUGGCACAACAUACCCUCCACUCUUACUCAAAAUAUAUUUAAGUAAAAGUGUUACGAAUUAGUAAUGAGGCUCAAUAAGUAUUCUGCCCCUCCAAAAUGAGCCUUGGCAUUCCCAAGGUAUCUUUUUUUUAUUUGGAAAAAGCUGAAAAAUGCGCCCCAAUAAAACAUCAACUUGAAAAGCUUCACUCCACAGAGCGGGAAAGGGGGAAACACUCCGCAAGAUCAAAACAGAGAGUUAAUCCUCCACCAUCAGAGCCCAUUUCUAUCAGAUUAGUCCCACAUUCAGAACAAAUGAAACAGACUUCAGGUCAGAUAUUAUCUCAGCUAACAUGCUAACAUUAAUCUCACCUUAAAGCCUUAAAGCAGGCUAAUGCGAUGCAGCUCCUGUCGAUUUUAACAUUUAUUUUCUUACAACUUUCUAAGGCAAAUCUUGAUUCUCUAUUUUUUACACUCAUAGCAUUAAAUAUUUUUCCUAGUAUUUUUAUGUACAAGUUCAAAACGGCAGCAGGCGGAUAAAUACGAUAUUUUUAUACACGUUUUAAUAAAAGUGGUUUCAGUGAGAGACUUUGUGAGGGAGGUUUGGUUUCAGCUCAUGUGUGAAUUUUAUUGUCAAGAGCUGACAUUACUACAUUUGUAUUUAAAGGAAUCCAAAAGAUGAAGUGGUUACCAAAGCAAACAGCUGAUUUUCUUAGUGACCCGUUGGUGUGUCCAUCUUGAGAUCAGCCUUUGUAGAUCAGUUUCAGUUACCUGUUGUCUCUCCUCUCAAAAAACACAAAAUAUCCCAUAAACAGUGAGCAGUCGUUUUGACACACACCAAAAAUGUUCUGUAAUUUAGUUUCAACACCUGAAGCUUCACUUCCUUUAGCGACGGGAUGCUUUAGGGAAAUAUGUUGCCAGGACUUGUCUGUUUUCUAACCUUGCUUUAACACUAACUUUAGCAGUUGUUUAAGAUGUACCUUCAGUGAACGUAUGCCUAACGUGUGGAUAAGACCCGUCUUAUCUGCCCUUCUUCUCAGUGUAGUUUCCUUUCCUUAAAGAAGAGAAAUGUCUAAAUGCAACCAAAUGUCCUCAUGAACACGACCGCAAUAGGUCAGCUUCGUCUACCAAAGGAACAUUUUGGCAAUGGUUUUGUAGUUCUCUUAUAUGUAUCAUCUUGAUCAAGACUGACAUCUUUUAAGUGUUUUAUAAGGGGAACAAAAACAAGGAUGUUUUUGGCAAAAGUACGGUUGAUCUUCCUGCCUCUAUGUGCCCGAGUCUAAACAAAUCACCUCUCUGUUUUAUCUCUGAUAAAGGAAAGCAACGGUAACAAUAACUAUUUUGACUAUCAGUCCCCUCUAUUUGCUGAUAUUGUUUUUAUUCUAAGGGAGAAUGACUGUGCCUUUGCCAGAAAGCUGCUGUUGCUUUUCCCCUUUUGUGAAAGCUCAGGGUGUGAUGUGGGGCAGAACUUGUGUAGUGCAAUAUCUGAGACGCCCAAUGUUUCACACCUUAGUAUGUAUGAAAGACGAGAUCAGAGAUGACUGGAUUAAGAAUUCAAUGUUUGCACCUGCUUAUAGAUAAAUGCCAAAGUCCCAGAAAGAAAUGCUAUAUUUAAAACCAGGACUACCGCAUGUUUCUACCGUUUUUUGGCUUUUCCUUCUGUGUCAUGGUUUAAUUCAAUUUGUCUGCAAGAAUCGAGUUAGCACUUACAACAAUCAUGGUGUACCUCAGGUGUAUUUAAUCCUCAACAUGCGCUCCAGCAACACCUCUACUCUCUCCGGUGUUUGUUUUCAAAUGUCCAGUUGUGUCCUCAAUACUGUUCAUCCUGUUUGUUAACUCAGCACUGUAAACAUUCCAGCCCUAAAGCCCCCCCCCCCCCACAGCAGCUUUUCUUUCAAUGUGUUUGCAUCCCUUUCAGUUAUAAGCAUCUAAAUUAUAUUAAAUAUAUAUAUAUCAACUGUAUAUUUGACUUUUUGUAAAAUAAACCUAACCAUAAAAAGACU